AUAAUGUUACGUCAUUGUUUUUACACACGGAAGGUGAGAAAAUUACAUAGAAGACGACGAUCCCCGCGCGACGAGCGGUUUACGUACGGAGGAAGUGAAGAUUCGGACCCUGUUUACGUAGAGGAGAUUUAAAAUUUGCUUUUGUCUUGUUGCAAUAGAAAACGACAGAUGGCGAAAGUUUACCACGGGCCGUCCGUCGGCGCUCCCAUCAUGCUCUGGGGUACUCCUGUCUAUCUUCCUGACGUCAUAAGCCAUACUGGCAGUUUAGUGAAUGGAAGGCUAGUCGUGGGGAGGACGUUGAGUUGUGUCCACAUUUGGUGUGCUAUUUACUCUAUCCCAUCUUCUGUUGUCGUCCGGUCUUGGGACUAAGGUGGCGACAGCAUGCCAAGGCGCAAGCAAGACAGACCACAACGGAUGAAAUGGGAUGAAUGUGAGCAAGAGAAACAAAGCUUGACGUCAACAGAAGUUGCACCUCAAAUCGACGACUCGGAAGCGCGAACCGACACCUCGUCACCCAACACUCCACAGACGACAACAGAAGAGACUUGUCCAACUCAAGAGAAAGCAACUCUGGAAUUAAUGAACUAUUCUCCAGUUAGUUCACUUUCUUUGGAGUCACCAUCUCCCCCAAUUACGUCGAAAAUCCGUUCGGUCAAGGAAGAUUCACCCGGUGAUGUAGCGGUGAACCUUACAGAUACGCCUCUCGAUUUUAGCAUCAAGAAAAAUGCCUGUAAGCAUAAGGAAUCUCUCCAAAAUGGUGUCAUUAUUACGGAAGAUGGACCUCUGGAUUUAUCUAUCCCCAGGAGGAGAAAGGAAACAGAACUCGGGGCAAUUUCUGCUAAGAUAUCUAAACUGGAGCAUCCACCCAAGAGUCCGUGGGGAUAUUGUGCACCCAGGACACUUACACCGCCUACUGGCUCGAGCAAAACACGCUCGGAAGAGUGGAACGGGCGUGUCAAAACUAGACAAGAUUCCAAAGAGCAUCAUAAGAAGAAUUGGUUAGAUAAAAAUGGCAAGGGGUUACUUGCAAAAAAUGAUUCUCAUUCAAAAUCAUUUCGACAGAAUCCGUGGCAAUCACAAUGGAUCAGUCGGAGCAGCGAUCAAACUAAAGACGUUUUUACGUGUGUAUGGUGUAAAGAGUCUUUCAAAAGUUUAUCCGAAAUGACAAUUCAUAUGAAACAAUCGUCACGUUGCGGUGUUGCCGGAAUGCAAACUCCACCUUCGACAUCGCAAGCACCUCCCCCUAAUACAGCACCUUCUACCGUAACCACAACUUCUUCGUCAGAUUCUAUAGUAAAAGAAACGGUAUCAUUACCCAGGAAAUUAGUUCGUGGUCAGGAUGUCUGGUUAGGUAAAGGGGCGGAGCAGACUCGUCAAAUUCUUAAGUGCAUGUGGUGUGGACAAUCCUUCAAGUCAUUGGCGGAUAUGACGACACACAUGAGAGUGACACAACACUACACUAACAUUAUUAGCCAGGAGCAAAUAAUUUCUUGGAGGACUCCCGAAGACAAAAUGGCAUCUCAAUCUCAUGUAAAUGCGGUUUUGACGUGCAAAGUAUGUGAUCAAGCCUUCGGUAGUCUAAAAGAACUAAGUUAUCACAUGGUAAAGAAUUCGCAUUAUAAAGAGCAUAUUCUUCGUUCCAUCACAGACGGUGGCGGGCGAAGGAGACAAAGUCGAGAAAGGAGGAAAAAAUCUUUACCGGUUAGGAAACUCUUGGAGUUAGAAAGGCUAGAAAUUUCACGUCAGAAUCAAGGAAACACUUCGGGAAGCGAACUUGCACUUAAAAAUGAAGUAGUAGAUGGAAAAAUAACUUGUGAAGAAUGCACGGAACGUGUUGAUGCCAAAGACUUUGUACAGCAUAUUAAGAGAUGUGGUCAGGGUAGUGUGAAAACUCAACAAGAUUCCGUAGCGGAGAAUCAAGUGACAGAAACUUCGGACGGUCCUUCGGAAUCGCCAAAGACUAACAGCCCUCCAAUCGAUGGUGCUACUUCGGAAUCUCCGGGCAUAGACGCUGCUGGUGGAGGGAAGUGUCAAGAAGAACCGAAGGAACAAAACGACAGCACCUCCGUGUUAAAUGCAAUAGAGAGACUAAUAGAAAAGAGCUUUGAACCAAAAGGUAGGAGGGUGAGUGCUUCCACGGGUAUUCUACAAAGAUUGGGAAUCGACGAAGAACUUUGCCCUCCUUGGCAACCCUCCAUGUCCCCUAAUGUAUUUUACAAAUCAUCGGACGUAAUUGCCAAAUCUCCAUCUGGUGGAAAUUUGACACCAGCAACUAGUUACGAAGAGCAACCGUUAUAUUCGAACUUAAGUCCACGUUCUAGUUCUUCUAGUGGAGUAGAUCAGGCGCCUGGUUCUUUCCGCGAUAUGUUGAGUCGAACUUCUUCGCCUGCACUCAACGCUUGCAACUCGGACACGGAAACCGAAUGUAUCGAGCAGCAGAACGUCGAAGCGAGUGGCGAACAUUCCGUGGGGAGCACAUCCGAUAUCCCGGUAAUGGAGAGAAACGGCACAGAUUCCCGAACCCCACCAAUGGACGAAAAUAGCCGGGUGAGUACUAGCAAUAAAAUGCCUUCCUCUUCUCCAAAUGAGAACAAAGACGAAACGGAAAAACGGUCGAACAUGUCGGUCGACCACCCUCUUAAAGAAUUGCAGAAAUUACUGGACAAGACAGACACCCAUAUGUCGAGAUCCAACAUACCACCCGCACCGCCGGGUUCCAUAUUAGCCUUUAGUUGGGCCUGUACCGAAUCCAAUAGCAAUGAUUCACUGUUGAAGUGUGCCUUUUGCGAUACCCAUUUCGUCUCCAAAGGAGCCUACAGGCAUCAUCUAAGUAAAACUCACUUUAUCAAAGACAAUAAUACACCUGAUCCGAAUUGGACAGGUUCGAAAUCUGAAGAAACAAACAACACGGUGCCAAAAGACUCUCCUUCGUCGGAAGAGAGUCCUCAUUCCAAGUUUCUCAAAUAUACAGAACUUGCGAAGCAGCUAUCUAGUAAAUACGUUUAAAAAAAUGUGAAAAUUGAAGCAAUGGUGCGUCUCCCCGAGAACCUAAUUAGCAACUCACACGCACAUCUGUAUAGUCCUACGCACAGAAAGAUAUAAUAAUCCUAACUGAUGGAUAACUGUGCAUAAUACAUAUCAGUAGGCAGCGGUUGACUGUCUAGCAUGUUUCAAAAUUCCAAAAUCUUUCGGUGAUUACUUUUCCCGACAUAUCUCAGGCAAUUUUUGUGGCGUCGAAGCAAUUUUUUUUGUGUCUUUGUAUGUGUAUCAGUGUAUAUGUGUACGUGUACACAGUGACCAUUCUGUACAUAUCUAUGCAUCGGAACUUCUCAGAAGUCUUCGAUAUAUUUAAAAAAUAAAAAAAUAAAACAAAAAAUAUAUUUCAAGCAGAACUUUUUCCAUUUCCCGUUUCUUCUUCUAUUUCCAAAGAGGAAUUUUUCAUCUGUGCAUAAAUUAAGAUUUCGAUGUGUCCAAUGCUUUCCAAAGUGCUUCCAUCUGCCAUCUUGUACAUAACGCCAUUUAAUGUUAUAUAAAUGUACAUCUUUAUAUUGUUAUUAUUUAUUAUUCACAAGAUCUAUAAGAUAUGGAUCUUUCGUAUAAAAGAUUCAUUAAAAAAGAAUGCUGUUUUUUCUCCUCCCUGGUCUCCGAGUCUUUUUCUUAGUGUUACAUAUAUACUUUCCGAGUCAAACGCGCCAAUAUAACUUAAAUUUAUCUCCAACUACACAUUCGAGUGAACAUUUCACUCGGUUAGAGAGAAAAGAUUUCCAACAUAAAACAUUGUUUCUUCAAAUCACGAUCCGAAGGCCGUUCGAGAUUGAUUCUCUGACAAAAAUUGCCCCUCGUUUCAAAACAUGACGCCACGUACAAAAGUAACUUGAUCGGGUAACUCUUUAAAUGUUCAACAAUGAAUUCUCUACUUUUUAAUUUUAAAUAAUAUUACCGAUCGAUAGACAAAUGCCUUUAAUUGAACAUGGCAUCCCAACCAAAUUCUUAGUGUCAAAGAUUUUCCGACUUCGUUUAUAAUAAUCUUAAUCGUGGGCGUACUGUACAGCUAAAUUAUAUCUCACGAUUCGUGGCACAAAAAUUCAUUAGCUCAGUAAAUCUAUAA